UGCUUUGCCUAAAAUAUUCUUAUUCCAAGCUUCCUUGCAAAUUAUUAGAAACAGAGAUGAAGGUACACGUGCACACAAAAUUUUGCAUCAUUUGUUUGCUGACAUUUAUCUUCCAUCAGUGCAAUCACUGCCAUGGAGGUAGGCAUGACCAUGGUCAUAGAGAGAAACGAGAACACGACCAUAAUGACUAUCAGAUUCCAAAUGCAUCCUAUUCCCAGAGUGCAGGAACAGAAUCCAUGCCAAGUAAAUACUCAACAUCGGAAGCUGAACAGAGAUACUACAUUGAGAAGAUUUUUGAUCGUUAUGGUGAAAAUGGAAGAUUAUCUUUUUUUGGGCUCGAAAAACUGUUACUAAGCCUUGGCUUAGGAGAGGUAAAAGUAGUGAUGAUAAAUCACGAUGACAUUGGCCACGAUCAUGUUUCUCACUUAUAUGCUUUAGAAGUCCAAGAAGGAAAACGUUCCCACCCUCAUAACCAUCCUCACAGCCACCCAGAUUCAGAAAACCGCACUACGACUGGUAUGGCUGCCAAGAGAAAUCACAAAUGUGACCCUGAGAGAGACGCUGUCGUGCCGCCGGUAAAAGACGAUGGCAAGCACAUUCAUGACCAGAGUCACCAUCACCAUCGCCACCACCCUCGUCUACAUCAUCAUGACCAUAAUGGUACACGUCACUCUCGUAGUAACGGACACCAAGGUUCCAGUUUAGGUCAUGAGGAUGGCCACCACCACCCCAGCAAUCGUGAGGCAUCUCACAAGCAGAUCAGCGUGAGGAAGCAUGCCCUCUUCUCAGCGCGGGCUCGCAAGGAGCACAGCGAAGAGGAGCGUCAGCGGGAAGAGUGCUUAAAUGUUACCCAGCUGCUACGGCACUAUGGUCUGGAAGCCAGCUCUCCAAUAUCUCCCGAGUUGUUUAUCUACAUGUGUCCUGCUUUGCUGUACCAGAUUGAGAGGAGGCUUUGUGUUCUCCAUUAUGAUGAGCUUGAAGAUUCUAUGAAAAGUAAAAAUGCAUCAACUGAGAACAAAGAUAAAACAGGUGCAUCAGCCUGGUUUUGUGGUAUCAUCUCUAUCACCGUCAUUAGCCUGCUUUCCUUGCUAGGUGUGAUCUUGGUUCCCAUCAUUAACCAAUGGUGCUUCAAAUUUCUUCUAACUUUCUUGGUAGCUCUGGCUGUAGGAACAAUGAGUGGAGAUGCACUGCUCCAUCUGUUGCCACAUUCUCAUGGAGGCCACAACCACAGUCACCACCAUGGCCAAGGUCAUGUUCAUGAACACAAGCGGUCUCAUCGACAUGCCCAUGGACAUGGAGUACAGUCUGAAGGCUUUCUAGAAGAAAAUGAUCCAGUGCUGAAAGGCCUUGUGGCACUGGGAGGCAUUUAUGUUUUGUUCAUCAUCGAACACUGCAUAAGGAUGUACAAACAUUACAACAAACAAAAGAGUAAGCAGAAGUGGUGCAAGAAGAAACAGAGCGAAGAAUCACCAAUUGGAAGGAAACUUUCUGAUCACAAGUUAAACAACAGGCCAGACACAGACUGGCUGCAGCUCCAACCCCUUGCAGGAGCAGAUGACUCGGUUUUAUCUGAAGAUCGACUCAAUGAAACAGAACUGACUGAUUUAGAUGGCCAACUGGAAUCCCCUCCCAAAACCUUCUUGUCUGCAGAAGAGGACCACAAUAUGCACCAUUCACACAACGAUGUCUCCUGUGCCGCUCAAGAGCGUGAUCUGCAUGAUUCAGAGUACGACAGCCGUGGCGAAGAUAAAAUGAUAGCUAGAAAACACAGUCACCACUGGCAUCACAAACAUUCCCAUCAUUCCCAUGGCCACUGUCAUUCUGGAAAAGACCUGAAAGAUACUGGGAUAGCUAAUAUUGCUUGGAUGGUAAUUAUGGGAGAUGGCAUUCACAACUUUAGUGAUGGCUUAGCAAUCGGAGCGGCUUUUAGUGCUGGUCUGACAGGAGGAAUUAGUACAUCUAUAGCAGUGUUUUGUCAUGAGCUUCCCCAUGAAUUAGGUGACUUUGCCGUGCUUCUUAAAGCAGGUAUGACAGUGAAGCAAGCUAUAGUGUACAACCUCCUUUCUGCCAUGAUGGCCUACGUGGGCAUGCUGAUAGGCACAGCCGUGGGGCAGUACGCCAACAACAUCACCCUCUGGAUCUUUGCAGUCACUGCAGGCAUGUUCCUCUACGUGGCACUGGUGGACAUGCUUCCAGAAAUGCUUCAUGGAGAUGGAGAUAAUGAAGAGCAUGGCUACUGCCCUGUGGGGCAGUUCAUUCUUCAGAACCUCGGCCUGCUUCUUGGAUUUGCCAUCAUGCUGCUGAUUGCUCUCUAUGAAGAUAAAAUUGUGCUUGACAUCCAGUUUUGACCUAAUUCUGGUAAUCACUGUGGUUACAAUACUGUUACUGUAUGGCUUUGAGUCUGCACUGUGUCACUGUCUGCACACUGCUCAGAGAAGCAGCAGCUUGCACUACUUACAUAUGCACAGGAGAUUCACUUCUGUGUAGAUUACCUUCUGCUUUAUUUCCAGUUCAGAUGAGAUAACCUAAUCACUUAGAUCACUUCUAAACUCAAGUGAGCAACAGGAAAUGCUAACUAGGAGAAGUAAAUGCCAAGUUCAGUGUCCCACAGAGGAAGCACUGCUUGCUAGAGAAAGAGUGAGUGAGUGCAGCAAAUGAUCUCCUCGUCUGGGAAAAUACCAUUUCAUUAGGAUGUUGGAACAGAACCCAGAAACGGUUACAGCUGAAAUGCAGGCCUCUGCAAAGGAACCUGAGUCAGCUUGAAAUGCCACCUAAGUCUUAAUUAUGUAUGGAGAUACGUAUAUAGGGAUGUGCAUGCAUACAUGGCUCACUCUGUGUGUGUGUCUAUGUGCAUUCUGGGCUGAAUCUUCUGCAUGGUGAUGACUGGAAGUAUUACAUCUUACAGCAGUGCACAGCUUGAACUCACUGUGCUGGAUUACAUUUCUAAACAGAACCCCAGAACCUGCACGCUGUGUAAGCUGUGUGAGUCUGCAUUAAAGCUGCACCCCACAGUUACAAGUCCUCGUGCAAGAGGGCAGGCAGCUGCGGUCUAUGCUGCCGAGUGCCAGGUUCUGUGGAGGAGCAGUCUGAGCAUGUCUUUCUGACCAAGACUGGUGUUUGUUCCUUGACAGUCUUAGGAGAAUUGGUGUUAGCUUAGGGAGAUCCCUGGUGCUGGAGUUACUAAGCUAUUUCUGGUUCUUACAGAGACUAAACAUGUAUUUGAGUGCCACCUGCAGCGUAAACUACUGAAGAAUUGUGGCUGUGAAUGCGUGCAAACUCUUGGAACAGAGCAUCAGUAUGGGAAUAUCUCCAGUUUUUCUGAACACUUAACUUGGGGUUGUUUUUUUCCUCUCCAUGUUCAAACAGUCCAAAGUGCAGUAUGCUCGUUACUGACCCAGGCACCAAGGCUGAAUUAGCUCUUUGUGUGUAGUACUGGUGGGUUGACAGUGCUCUACCAGCAGAUCAACAUCUGCUUCUACAGUGCCUCCAUAAUCAGGCAUUGUAGCACCAGCUGUGUCUGGCAGCAGAGAGUAUGAAGCAGAUUUCUGCUUCUACCAUUAAAGGAGUUCAUUUCUAUGCUAUUUUUUUACAUUUUGGUAUUUAAGAUAUAUUAUUAAAAAAGCAGCUGUGAUCCAUGGUAUGUGUAAAAGAUAGACUGACAUUUGGGCCUUAACUCGCCAGGAUCAGUUGUCCUAGUGCUUAUAUAUAUAUAUUACCAGACAGGAGUUAGUUCUUGUACCCAUCUCCUUGAAAACCUGUGAGUCUGUGAGGAGUGCAAGUGCAUUCUGUAGUGCCAGUCCUAAGCAUGGUGGCAGCCUUCUGGAACGCAUACAGUUUGUCUCCUUCCUGUGUGUGCCAGGUGAAAGUGUACUUUGACUGUGCUGUAAGUGUGUUUCGGUCUGCUUGGUGCCAGUGUAGCUGCUAAACACUGAUCCUAACGCCUUUGAUGAGAGCCAGUUGGUAUCUUCAUUCCAUUUCAAGUUUGUCUUUCCCCUGGCCUUUGUGGGUCAGUUUAUUUUCCACUGAGAGCAGCUCGUGUAUUUUAAAGAUACCUGUUGAUUCUUGCCAGUAUUUCUUCCUACCGCAGUAUCAAGAAACAGUAUUAAGGGUCCAGUCCAGAGCCGGGCGCAGCUUCUUCAGUGAAGAAGUCAGAAGCCCAGAGUUCAGGCGUGCAGCCAUGCGAUGCCCUGAACUCAGGUUUUUCUUUUUUUUUCCUUCUUCUUUAAACAUGUUUACUGUUAGACCCUAAUUAGCUAGCAGCACUGUUGUUAGCUUCAGAUUACUGAAUUGCUGCAGUGUAAAAAAAAGAUCCUGGGUGACCUUUUGUCAUUGUGUCAAUCUUGGGUCACUGAGUACCAUUUUCAAAGAGAAUUAAUCCACUGGAUACCUUCUGAGGAUCCAAGUUUAAACUCCUCUUGUUUCUUAUGUAUUAAACUGACCCUUAGUAUUCCUUUUCUGUUACUUCUGUCCAGUAUAGCGGGGUCACUGUGUGGUUGAACUGCUAAUUUGUCAUCAUUUUUUUUAAACUUCAUUUCUGUUCCUUUCAAAUGAAGAUUUCUGUAUUUCAGGUAGUAUAUUUACUUUUGUAUUAGUUGGAAUGUGGUUAUAGGUUAAUACACUGCCUGUAGAAAAACAAGUUAACUUCCUUCCACGACCAUCUUCAGGCAAGGGAAAAUGGUCCUUGAAGGUAGGUGCUGUCUUGUUCAUUAAGUAGGGGCUGUUUCCUUUUAUUGUCUAGUAUUUAUUACAAGUUAUGAAGGGCAGUGUAACAGCUGUGACUUCUCUAUCUCUUUGUUUCACCAGUAUUUAAUUCCAAAUGAUGCUAAUGGACACUUCUGAGUCAUAUUACAGACAAUCUGAAUUCCACUACAUUUCCACUUGGCUUCAACAUUCCAUCCUGCUUGACCCCAGAGUCUCGGUUAACUUGUAUUUGUUGGAGGGCAUCAAUGUUACUUGUAUAGGACGAUGCUGUCACUGUGUGACAUCCCAUAUAAAUUUUGAUGUCGAUCACAUUGCACUCAAUCCGCUGUGAUUAUGCUUAGAAAAUACUGUAGUUGCUAGAUGCAGUGUGAUUUGGGGUUGGUUUGGUUUUCUUUUCUUUCCCCUCCCCGUUAACAGUUGAGUCUAUGGUUUAAAAUGUGAUGAUGGUCCUAUAAGAUACAUGCUGAGCUAUCAGUCUUUUUGUUACAACUAAAUAAUUUUUUAAGAUUUUAUAAAGCAGGAAAUGAUCAAAUGCUGUUUUGUUCAUUGUCAGCAGUGUUGUGUUCAAUUUAUGUAUGGUCCUUCUGAAUAAGGAGCCUUCAGAAAAUAAAGCAAUUCAAUUCAAGGAGCAGGUAUU